CCAUCUGUGAAUUGAAACAAGAAACCUGCUGCUCACAGAGCCGAGAAGGGAGGGGGAAGAUCAGCGGAAGGUAGACCACAGCCUUAACGUUCAAGACUUGUCAACCAGACGUGAGAGAGAAGAGAUGUUGGAGAAGAAAUUGUAAAGUCAUUGAGAGAAGGACGGAUCGUGCCGUUUAAAAAAUGUUUGUAUUUUUGGCCAAACUCUGAAGACGCAGCAUCUUGAUAGCUAUACUCAUAUAGAACCCACAAUGUGAUAACCUACUAAGAUAUAUUUACCUGAGACGUGUUUUCACAGACUUCAACUGACCUAAAAUGGACAUAAUAACGACACGAAAUUAUGAUAUAUUGUAAUAACGUUCAACGUAAGUCUUUGAUUGUACUAAAUAUUGUGCACAUUAACUAUGGAUAUUUUUUUUCGGAGAAAGAGGGUGUUAAAAACUCUGUUGAGUUUGUCUCUGGUUUUUGCGUCGUUACUGAUGAUCCAAAAAUUUAAGCUUGUGGAAAACAGCUUUAAGGACAAUGAUGAUAUUGAUACAAAAAUUGGAGACAGAUGGUGGGGAGUAGGCCUACAAAGGGAUUUACACAAAGGGAAAGGUGACUUUAGUAAAAGUAGUUUAGGUAACUACUCGCCGUCUGUUUUGGGGGAUGUUGAUGCUCAACGAGUGACAGUCUCCAACGCAACACCGGCUUCCUGGGAUGUGCAUGUCAUGAAUUGCAGUGAAGAUUCAGACGCCAGGAACCAGGACUGGUUUCGUCUUCUGGAUCCCAGAUUCCAUCAGUUUGUUCUGCAUCGACACUGUCGAUACUUCCCCAUGUUGAUAAAUCACCCGGAUAAAUGCAGGGAUGAAGAGGUCCAUUUGCUUAUGGUGGUGAAAUCCGUUAUAGAACAACACGAUAGGCGAGAUGCAGUGCGCAAGACGUGGGGGAAAGAACAGACAGUAAAUGGGAAGAAAAUUAAAACGUUGUUUCUUUUAGGAAGCCCAACAAAUGGGAAAGAUACCAAAAUUCUUCAGAAGUUGAUCGAAUACGAGAACAGGAUUUAUGGAGAUAUACUUCAGUGGGAUUUCAUGGACACCUUUUUCAACCUCACAUUAAAAGAGAUUAAUUUUCUCAAAUGGUUUGAUAUUCACUGCUCAAGUGCCAAGUUCAUAUUCAAAGGAGAUGAUGACGUUUUUGUCAAUACAGACAAUUUAUUGGAACUCAUUAGUUUCAAGAUUGAAGAUCGUAAAGUGUUGAACAUGUUCGUAGGAGACACCAUUUCCAAAGCCAUCCCUAUAAGGAACCGUCAAAGUAAAUACUACAUUCCCAAAGAGCUGUAUGAUAAGCCAUAUCCACCUUAUGUUGGAGGUGGGGGUUUUGUAAUGUCCUCGCAACUAGCUAGGAGACUUUUCGUUGUCUCUGAGGAUUUGGAACUCUACCCAAUUGAUGACGUGUUUUUGGGAAUGUGCCUACAGAAGCUUCACUUGGCUCCAGAAAUGCACCCAGGUUUCAGGACAUUUGGCAUAAUGAAGCGCAGAGUGAGCCCAAUGAACAGCGAACCCUGCUUUUACAAAAACCUCAUCGUUGUUCAUAAACUGAGCCCAGAUGAGUUACUCAGGAUGUGGAGUAUAGUGCAAAAUGAGGACCUUGUUUGCGCUAAGAGAACUGCAAUUUAGGCAAACGAGAGUAUAUAUAAUGAAAUACGAUGUGUUGUUCAACAUGUUUGAUUGGAUGUCAAUCAGUAAAUGUAAGCUCAGUUGCAACAGAGGCAUUGUAAAGAAAAUUGUACAUAAGAUCAAUUAGUUGGCCAAGUCAACUGUGUUUUUGAUGAAGAGUAUAAUGUUGCAUUUACAGCAUUUUAGGCCAACUGCAUGUGAGCAAAUGUCCAAGUGUGAUCACGAAGACAUGCAGGCCAAAUCCCCAAGAAAAGGAAUACUUUUAUGUAUGUUGUACAAUAAAAAUAGACCACUUCUAAUAACCAAUAGAUUUUUAAAUAUUUAAUUACAUUGUAAUUCAUAUUUGCAGGGUCAAAUAGUACAUGUUACUUAUAGUUUGAUUUAUGCAAUAAAAUGUAAGUUCAUAUUCAAAAUUAAAUGUUUGUAAUACAAUGUACUGAAUGUCAAAUGUAUUCUUGUUUUUUUAAUGAGAGCAGAAUAGGUGUAAAAUUUGUAAAGUAAACCACAGCAACAGCAACUCCUCUGUACAGCUUGAUUUAUUCAAAAAUGUUUUUUUACAAAACAACUGAGAUUGAAAUAUUGAGAAAUACCGAUUUAUAUGCACCUCAAACUAUGCAAGAACAAACAGUUACAUCCAUGGAAUAAUAUACUAUGUGAAACGAAGCGAAUGAACAAAGCGAAUUAAUCUUACUGAUGAACACAACUGGAACAAACUGACACAAUACAAUACAAUUUGAUUGUAUUUUCUGUGAAGUACUGAAUUAAAUGGACAUUUGUCUCUCUCCUGUACAUUGAAAAACCUAAAAUCAAUGGGAAUCAAUCUAAAAAUACAGACGGUCCCUUCCUGCAUUUCUAGAUAAAACAGUAUCUACAUUAAGUACAGUAACAUUUGUUUAAGAGUAUUAUAAAUAUAAAUAAAUACUUUUAUAAAUGUGAUUAUGUAGGCUAUACAUUCAUCAGUACAAAAUCCCUCUAAAGUAAUUACUCAAAUGAUAAUCAAACCAUACAUAGGUAGGGGGGAAGUUACAUAAAAUGUGUUUCAAUAAUACUGACAACCAAUGUGAUCAAGUUGUACACCAAGUAGAAGAGUUACUGUUAAAGCUGCUCUAAAGUGCGCAAUGUAUCAAAACAUACAUUUUCAGUUCCUCUUUCAACAAUAGUCAUUUAAAACACAUGAUCAUUUACUUAUGCAAUGUACUAUCUAUGGUAAAACUCUAUUGUUUCUGGCAAGCAAACAGAAAUGAAGGCAACUCAGUAUUUGCUAGCAAUGCUUGCUACUUUUCUAGUGCACUAUGUAUGCAUACCAUUAGGUCUUUCUACACUGUAUGACGGCGGCCACUAAGUUAGAAGCCAUUGGACAGAAAAGCUGAAGAAUCUAGUGAAAAGUAUUUGAAGUAUGCAUUAUUACAGUGUAUUACAACACAGUAAUUACCCAAGUUACAAUAGAGAGGUGCUAAUAUCUGGUUUAUGUAAUGGUUGUGGAGUAUAAUUUAUUGUACCAACCUAUUGUACUACAAAUGGAAGGACAGUAUGUGACUGAUUAAGAUCUUUAAUUUCCUGUACUACUAAUAAUAAUAAAAAUGGCUGGAUAAGAAA